AACAGCAUCCCCGGCAAACGGUGGAUCCAUCCACAAGGACCGCGCGGACGCAGCGGCUCCGUUUUGAUCCCGUCACUGCGGAUUGACUUGAAAAGGAGAGAGGAGGAUCUGGGACGGGGAGGAGAAUCCUGACAGAGUGGGCAAAGAUCUCAUUUCGCAAUGCCAGUGCCAGACCAGCCCGCGGAGCAGGAGAAGGGGGCCGUGGUCCCCCCGGUGCUGCCGGCCUCCAACGGAGAGCGAUCUGAGACGGAGACAACCUCGUCCAUUCUCGCCUCCGUCAAAGAACAGGAGCUUCAAUUUGAACGUCUGACUCGAGAACUCGAGGCCGAGCGUCAUAUUGUUGCCACCCAGCUGGAGAGAUGCAAGCUGGGAUCAGAUGCAGGCAGCAUGAGCAGCAUCAGUUCAACUGAAGAGCAUUUCCGCUGGAAUGCACAAGCUGAUGGACAAAAGGAUAUUGAGGAUGAGUUAACCACAGGUUUAGAGUUGGUCGAUUCCUGCAUUCGGUCUCUUCAGGAGUCAGGAAUUCUUGACAGCGGAGAACGACCGGCUCUCCUUUCCCAGAGUUCCUUGCAGCUCAACUCCACCCCGGAGGCUUCGCUCCAGUACUCUGCCAGCUACCAUAGCAACCAGACCCUCAGUGACAGCAUCUCUGCAGCAGCUCCUCAGCGCAGCGGGCAGGUUGGAGGAGCGGUGCACAGCUACAAUCAGGUGACGUCCAGUCGUGCAGCCCAGCAGCAUCAAUCACAGCCUGGGGCAGGAUCAGGAAUCUACUACUCCAGCUCAACUUUACCCAGCCAGCGUGUCAGUUCCCCUCUGACCGGAGGAGGCGGCUCAGGGUCUGGUUCCCCCAGUAAACACCAACGCCUGGGAUCAGCCUCCGACGCGGCGGGGCACGCCACCAUUCAGCGCCUGCCUUCCUCCUCUCCCAGCAAACAGUCUUCUACAAGUCGACUGGCCAAGUCUUACAGUACUACGGUUGCGGUGACAACAGCAGGAGGGGGGUGCCCCCUGAGGGUGGCGUCACCGCCCAACUCUGCAGCCACAGGAGGAGGGACCGGUUCGUCGUCAUCCCCUCUUCACCAGAUGAGUUCAGGCAUAGGGAGCUAUGCCACACUGUCUCCCAAACGUCUGGCAGCUCACCACGCCUCGGACCAAUACAAGAUCUCACACGAGCUCUACGCUACGGCUACCCUGCAACGGCCUGGCAGUCUGGCAGGCUCUCGUGGCUCCUACAGUAGUCAGCACAGUCAAGAGACCCUCCGGCCACUGGGGUCUCCAGAGCACAAUAUAGAUCCAAUCUAUGAAGAACGGGUCUACCACAAUAAGGGCCCCAUGAGGAGCCUUAGUCAGGGCCAGGGACCAGAAACAGGCCCCUACCGCAACAACACAGACCUGAUCUUGCGUGUUCAUAACCAGGUCCAUGACCUUAGUUAUGUCCUUUGUCCCUACUUUCCUAUCCUAGCACCUUCCUCCCCUGGUGUCGACUCCACCCCUUUGCAGCGCACAGGAAGUCAUGGGACAGGAACAGGAAGCUACGGCCGUGGUGGGACCAAUAACUAUGCCACAGUGGGGCCGGGAUACACUUCAAGUGGAAGUGGGGAUGUAUAUGGGUCGGACCCUUAUGUGGUGGACCCGUACCGCACCCUGCAGUACUGCCCUUCAGUGGUGGAAUCUCCUUACAGCAAGUCUGGACCAGCCCUGCCUCCUGAAGGGACCCUGCAGCGUUCACCUUCCAUCGACUCGAUUCAAAAGGACCCAAGAGAGUUUGGGUGGAGAGAUCCAGAGCUGCCAGAGGUGAUCCAGAUGUUACAGCACCAGUUCCCCUCGGUGCAGUCCAAUGCUGCAGCCUACCUGCAGCACCUCUGCUUUGGAGACAACAAAAUCAAAGCUGAGAUUCGUCGACAGGGAGGCAUCCAGCUGCUGGUUGAUCUGCUGGACCACAGGAUGAGCGAGGUUCACCGCAGCGCCUGCGGGGCCUUGAGGAAUCUGGUCUACGGCAAGGCCAACGACGAAAACAAGGUGACCCUGAAGAACUGUGGGGGGAUUCCCGCCUUGGUCCGUCUGCUGAGGAAGACGGGGGACGUGGAAAUCAAAGAACUGGUCACAGGUGUGCUUUGGAACCUGUCGUCCUGCGAUGCACUGAAGAUGCCAAUCAUCCAGGACGCCCUGGCAGUUCUCACCAACAGUGUCAUCAUCCCCCACUCCAACUGGGACUCAUCUCCCAGUCAUCACGAUGACCGCAAGCUCCACCUUCAUACGUCCCAGGUGCUGCGCAACGCUACAGGCUGUCUCAGGAAUGUAAGCUCAGCAGGUGAAGAGGCGAGACGGCGGAUGCGUGAGUGUGAUGGCCUUACAGACGCUCUGCUCUACGUUAUCCAGACUUCUCUGGGCAGCACAGAGAUCGACAGCAAGACGGUAGAGAACUGUGUUUGUAUUCUGAGGAACUUGUCGUACAGACUGGCCGCUGAGACGUCCCACGGCCAACAAGGUGGUUUGGAGGAGCUGGACGGGCUGCUCUGUGAUGCCAACGGCUGCGAGGGCGAGAGCUCCGGCUGCUGGGGGAAGAAGAAAAAGAAAAAGAAGGGCUCCGACCAGUGGGAUGGAGUGAGCCCCUUUCCAGACACAGCAGAGCCUCCCAAAGGGGUUCAGAUGUUGUGGCACCCCACCAUCGUCAAGCCCUACCUCACCCUGCUCUCUGAAUGCUCAAACCCUGACACCCUUGAAGGGGCAGCCGGGGCCCUGCAGAACCUGGCUGCAGGCAGCUGGAAGUGGUCGGUGUACAUCCGGGCUGCUGUCCGUAAAGACAAAGGCCUUCCUAUUCUGGUGGAGUUACUGAGGAUAGACAACGACAAAGUGGUGUGUGCCGUCGCCACCGCUCUCAGAAACAUGGCGCUGGACAUCAGGAACAAGGAGCUCAUUGGUAAAUAUGCCAUGAGAGAUUUAAUCCACCGGUUACCAGGCAGUAGUAGCAGCAGCAACAAUAACACCACCAGCAUCGGGACCGCUGGUACCACAGGAGCUCCCAGCAAGGUCAUGUCCGACGAUACAGUAAUCGCCAUCUGCUGUGCACUUCAUGAAGUCAUCACCAAGAACAUGGAGAACGCAAAAGCUCUACGGGACGCCGGUGGUAUCGAAAAACUCAUCGGCAUUGCUCGCAGCAAAGGCGACAAACACUCAGCAAAAGUGGUAAAGGCAGCCUCUCAAGUCCUUAGUAGUAUGUGGCAGUACAGAGACCUGCGCUCCCUCUACAAGAAGGAUGGUUACUCCCAGCAUCACUUUGUGGGCUCUGCUUCAACGAUAGAGCGAGACAGACAGAAGCCCUACUCUUCAUCCCGAACUCCCUCGGUCUCUCCUGUCAGGACGUCCCCGAAUAAUCGCUCCGCGAGCGCUCCAGCCUCCCCGAGAGAGAUGAUGAGUCUGAAGGAACGCAAGAUAGACUAUGACUCCACGGCAACCAAUGCUGGUUUCCAUAGCAACAAAGGAGAGCAUACAUCCCGAAAAGACGGCAUGGCAGUCCCAGUGUCGUGUGGGUCUUCAACAUUGUUCCGAAACUCCUACCUGACUGCCAGUGAUGACAUCAAGCCAAGCCAGAGUCCAGCCCAGCCCUGCGUUGUGCCCCUCCAACCCGAACAGGACAGCCCAUCAGCAGCAGCGCUAAAAGACUACGACCCCUACCCCCCUCCUCCUUCCUUCCCACAGCCUCAGCCACCACAGCCUCCACCUCACAGCCAGAGCCGGAGCUUCGAUGAGGCCUUCUACGAGGACCAGGGACCCCCGCCUCCACCAUCCCAGCCCCAGCCGCCGCUGCAGGUACAAGCCCAGCCUCAAGCCCAACCCCAGCAGCCUCCAGGCUCCACCGGGUCAUCCCGGGACCCGCGGGAAGAUCUGCGAAUGCAUCUGGGCCUCAAGUCCACCGGCAACUACGUAGACUUCUACUCGGCCUCUCGGCCGUACAGCGAACUGAACUACGAGACCAGCCACUACCCGGCCUCACCCGAUUCCUGGGUCUAACUCGACUGAACGAUGGACAGCGGGAGGGAAGGGUUCUGUGUGUGCUUGUGUGAACGGGAUUAUUUUUGCAGGUGACUAAUCGCCGAUUAACUCAAGGUUGAUGGAAGUGGCAUUUUCCAAAAGGACCUUGUUGCCCUGAACAGAAUUUUUUUCUUCAAAACAAAAAAUUGGAACAAAGAUGGAAAGUGAAAUCAAAGUGACAAAGAGAAAACUGUGCAUGUGCAUGCAAACAUUCUGUUGUUUUUACAACCACUUUAUUUGUUUGAAGUUAGCUCCAUUCCAUCCCUAAGUGGAGUAGAUGAGAAGAAGUGUGUUUGACGAGCUGUGCAGGGAGUGGGGAAGGAAAACUAAAAAACGAGAAAGUGCAUAUGCACAUGUCUUGAGUGGGAGAGGGAGAAAUUAUAAAGAAAGAUUUGAUGAGGUAAAGCUUUUAAUCUGUAGGACGAGUGAGGAAAUGGUUUGUCGUUUAGCUGCAGAAAGACAAAAUAGAUGGAGAGAUGAGAGAUGCAGAUGGCAUGAAGGUUCCAGAGGAAGUGAGGAAAAUAAAAGCACAGAGAAAGAUGAAAGCACAACAACCUCAAGGCAAGAAGCGGAUGUUUACCAUUUCACCAAAGUGACAAACGUAGCACAGCUUUUCUCUUAUUUUCAUUAUUUUUCUACCUU